AUGAACCUCAGUCAGUUUGAGAAGGUGGAGAUCUGUACAGAGCCCCCUGUGAAGAGCUCCUGUUCUACGUCUGCUCCAUCAAUUCCAGCUCCCCUGGCAUUCCCAGGGAGGAGGACACCUGAUGGAGGCCUCAAACAUGGUUUCAGUUUGUUUGAUGUUGUGUGGUAUCUGAGCAACAACGUGGAGGAAGUGAUUCUCCGCUCGUCCUCCUUCUUCAUUGAGCUGAAGAACGGUCGCCCAACGGAGCUCUGCUACACCAGCGUCACCGAGCAUGAGGCGCUCUAUCUGGACAAAGUUGUCAUCACACUGGAGGUCCUAAAUUCUCGUCUACAGGAAGCCGAUGAUUCAGUGAAGUCACUGCUGCAGGACACAUUGCAACACUACAAAAACAUAACUGGCAGAACCAAGACCUCCAGACCCUCUGGACCCACCCCAGGGUGGCUUCGUGACUCCCUUCAGUCUUUCCAUUCAGUGGUUCUGGAGGAUCCAAUCUAUUGGCUGGUGGCUCUGUGGGCCCGGGCCUCCCUCCACAGCUUGGCCAGAGAGCACCUGGUGCCUACGUCUGUUAACAAUACCUUCUACCAAGAGUGGAGAGAGGACAGUCAGAAGGAUGUCGAGUGGACCCAAAGGUUCAAAAACGUGUUGGAGAAACACCAGAAUAAAAUGCAUGUGCAGGACGCCAUCAAGAUCUUCAGAGAGCACAUGAUGAACCAGAAGAGAUUCUACAUGGCUGUAGACUGCAAUCCUUUAAACGGGUGAUGAAGAGGAGGGAAAGCAGGGCCGGGGGGGAGCUGGUGAAGAUGAGUCAUGCUGGUUACAGGUCAUUUAGCUUGAUUUAUUUUUACAGUUCAGCUGCUAAGACAUGAGACAAGCUCUCAGUCUCUCUAUUUUUAGUAUUUUUGCGGAAUAGAAACAACAAUUUCUUGAAACAAAGAUUGUCACUGACAAAUGUUUGAAGAGGUCAGUUUGAAUGAAUCUUCUUGUUUGUGGAGCUGGGUGUAUUUAAGUUUAAAAAAAAAGUAAAUAAAUGUAAGUAUGAGGUUUCAUUUUUGUGUUUUUCUUUUCUGUUUCUGUCAAGUUCACAGUUUGUUAACGACCAGGAGUUCAGCUCAUUAAAAACAGUGUUAAACAGUU